AUGCCGCCUCGUCGCAACAACAAAUCAACUCCUCAGGUCGCCCCCAAGGCGUCGUCUCCCCCUCCUGCUCGCCGUGGCUCUGCGCGUAACAGGUCCGCUACGAUCAAGAAGGAAACUUCGCCCACCAUCGUCCAGUCCGCGCCGAUGGAUUCCGACGCCGUGUUCCAGUCUAAGGCUGGUGGCAGGGGUAACCUCAAGUUCAAGGCAGCCAAAGCCGACUCAAUCACUCCCAUCGAGAUUGAUGGCAGCGACGUCGAGGAGGUACCAGUUACCAAGAACAAGAAGAAACUUGCUCCGGUCAAAGUUGAGAAGAUAGGCGGUCGCCGUCGCUCUCCUCCCCGUCCCCGUCCGGUUAAGCCCCGCGUCAAGCCCUCUGUCAAUCGCUCCGGCGUCGAGUCUUUUGACUCUGACGACGAACAGGUCAUCCACCAGAACGCUUCGCCUCCUUCCAUCCACGACGAAGGUUACGCUUCCCGGGACAUCCACGACGAAGGUUACGCUUCCCGGGACAGCGACGAGGAAGAUCCUCAGCCGGUCCCUCAGCCUAAGAAGAAGGCGUCUGUCAAGUUCAAGGCGUGGGAGGCGAGCGAGGAGGAGGUUGACGACAACGGUAACCUUCGCGGUUUCAUCGACGACGAGGCGGAGGAAGAGGACGAGGAAGCGGAAGAGGACAGCAUGCAGGUGGACGCGGUGGAGGUAGACCAGGGGGAAGAAGAAGAAGAAGUGGACUCUAGCCCUAUGCCGCUCAAGAUUUCCAAUCUCUCGAAGGGCGCUUCUAAGAAACGGUCACAGAAUGAUCGUUCGUCGGGCGACGAGGAGUCCGCUCCCCGCAAGAAGCGCUCGAACGACAAGGGCAAAACUAUCCAGGCAAUCGGACAUACGGCGCGUGUCGAGCUCAAAUUCCGCAAAAAGGCUGGCAACAAGAAGACGACUGGCGCUAUCAUCAAACCCACCGGCUCCCCCGACUUCGACAUGCGUGAAGGCAACUCCGUUCAUUACGAGGAGCAGGAGGGAGAGGAGCAGGAGGAGGAGGAGGAGGAAGAGCAGGCUGAGGGUGUCGAAGGCGCUGACGGUCAGGAAGGCGAGGAGGAGGCGGGUGAAGGCGAGGAUGUUGAGAUGGAAGAGGAGGAGAAGCCGAAGAAGAAGGCCAAGAAGCCAAAGGCGCCUGAAGACGAUGGCUGCGAGGUCACUCAUCCGGACAAGCAGACGGAGCUCCUCAAGGGCACUUAUCUCGGCUGUCCGCCUUUGGUGCACCCCAAAGUCGUCACCACGAACGACUUAGCCUCCGGCAACUUGAACGUGUUGACUGAAAAGGAGCAGUUCCACGCCGACAUUUCCAAAGCCCGUUUAAUCGCUUGGUUCAAGACCAUUACCGUGCCAACUGCCUUGAUCACUCGUCCCUCUCGCGAUCAUCCGAAGCGCUUGUCCCUCAAGCAGCAAGGCCCCGCUCAGCUGAUGGCUUUCAGCGGCUCGGAUGGCGGGCAGGUUGCCGACGUCGUCUUCGACGGCUACGUCAUUCGCAGCGAACUUCGCGACGGCCGUACCUACGAAGGCAAGCGCGGGAAGAUGCAGGUCAAGGAGAUCGAGAUCAUCCUGAUAGCUCAGGAAGGUGACCGCGCCAUUGCAAUGCUGUCGAUGGCCGGAGGGGGCAAGAACUUCCAGUUCCCGGUCAGUGAGGAUGGCGGUAUCGUCUUCUCAACCAAGCACACGGUCGUGGACGAAGAGGGCAAUGGUCAGGAAAAGCAAAAGCUGGACAAGAAAUUCCUGUCGCAGACGGUUGGCAAGUCUCUUCCCACCUCGGUCGUUCACAAGGAUAUUGUGCGCCGCUCCCGCGAGGGCACUGAAACUGUUCCGGUUUACGACUGCGCCCACCACUUCCGUGUUGACAAGAAGGCGAAGCCAACGCGCUUCGUGCCGGAGGAGGUCUUGACACAGCGUGCGCGGGUCGACAAGCCGUGGACCAAAGAGGUGCCCCUAGGCUCAUUGGUCACCGUCCACAGCACGGUCUCGGUAUACAACAACAAGACCCUGAAGGCAAAGGUCAUGUCCCUCAACCUUAGCGCUGUCCAGAUCAUUGCCAUGCCCAAAUUCGGUUAG